AUGGGGGUCGACGUCGAGUCGGGCCCAAGCACAAUCGAAAUUAUUGAAGCCUAUUCCAACUGCUCAUCAUGGUCUCGGGAUGAUAGGCUGCGGUUGGAAUAUCUUGGGAUCUACGCUGGUUUCAUAGUGGCAACGAGACCAGGCUUAUCCACAAAUGUCAACCAUGCCAGACUAAUGAUGGAUCUCGAAGGUUUUAAAGAGUUACCAUGGGGAAGAAUUGCUUUUCAGCAUCUGAUCAAGUCUGUUAAGGAGAAAGAUCUCAGCAAAAACAUUCAUAUAGAAGGAUUUGUGCAAGCUCUUCAAGUGUGGGUGUACUAUGCUCUGCCGGAUUUUGCUGCUGAAUUUGGCGAACCAUUGCUAAAUGAUCCAACACCUCUUAUGCUGGCUUACAAAGGAUCAAGAGGACGAAAGAACGUCAAAGCCAACAUGCUAAAACAGGCUCGCAUACAGUGCUGUGUGGCUAAGGACUUGUCGGAUAUAUUUCCAGUUUGGGAUGAUGAGGAACAGGAUCCGGAUAUUGUCAAGAUUGCAGAAGCAGGAAAGAGGAGCCUUCCCUCAGAUGAAUCAAGUCGCAAGAGAACCUUCACAGCCUCUGCCUCUGCCGCCUCUUUCGUUGGUGAUGAAGGGGUCGGAUUUGUCGCUACUAUGAAAGCGCACUUCGACCAAUGCUUCAAAAGCCUUUCAACCAAGAUGCUGAAUGGUUUUGGUAGCUGUGAAAAGCAGAUCAAACUUCUCACCGACAAGGUUGAAUCUGUAGAGCACGCGGUAGAGGAGUUGACUACAGGGUCGACGAAGCACACUGAGGAAGAGGUUAAGGACAAUGUUCAGUCAACCCAGCAGCAGGUCACUGGAUCCAAGAAGCAUGAAGGGAGUAAUUCAGAGAAAAAAGAUGCUCCGAUGAAAGAUAAUGUCAACGUUGGUGCGAGUGAGAGUGUUAACGCCCCCGGGGAUGCAAAAGGAAAGAAGGCUGCCAUGAAGGAAAAAGAGGCCCCCGAGCCUAGCUUUUGUGAAAUUGACCCGAAGAUGUGUGAUAUUAACUUCGACACAAUUGCACUAGCCAAAAAUGCCAAAGCCAGAGCAGCAGCUCAGAUAGUUGCCCAAGCAAUGAGUGCCAGAAACCAACAGUUGGCUGCGACACAGAAUAGUCAUUUCUUAGGAAAUAGCACCGCAAAGGCGAUCAUUCCAACGUCGGCAUCUCACUCCGGCCGUGUCCGUGGAUAUGAUCCUUUCGAUACAACCGGUGUCAGGGCGAAUCAUACGACUCUAAUGAACUUUGUGAAAGCAAACCCUGCUUAUCCAAGACGUCCAGAAAACUCUUCGAUCGACUGGUAUUACAUUCUCCGGACACCGAAGAAAUGGCUAGCUGAUACGUACAUGAAAGCUUAUAUUAACGUACUCAGGCUGCGAUUAUCCAAGCAUCCGGAAUGGUUUGUAUCUGACUGGAUUUGCUUCCUCAACUCCAUGUUUGCUACGUUUUGGAGGCGUGACUACAAUGACUUUAUAAACUCUGAGCCGAAUGAAGAUGGUUCUGGCAAACUUCUACCACCUGGAGCGUAUUCGUAUUACACUGGCGAAUUACCUAUCUACUGCCAGACUAAAAAGACGUGGGCCUAUGAAGUCGACCAUUUGUACUCAAUGUUGCACAUCAGGGGGGACCAUUGGGUUGCUAUCUGGGUUUCAUUUGUGAUGAGGCAUAUCACAAUAUGGGAUAGUCAUGCGGGAACCAAACAUGCAUCUGACGCCCAAAUUGACGAAGAUGUGGAGCCUCUCGCUGUUAUGAUACCCUACCUUCUUCAGACAUGUGCACCUGAUGGAGACAAGUGGACAUUCCCCUGCACGCCGCUCACACAUUCGCGAGUACCAGGUACGGAGAUACCUCAAAACAUUCAGAGUGGUGAUUGCGGAGUCUACUGCCUGAAGUACAUCGAGUGUCAUGCUUUGGAUUUGCCAUUUCCUCCGCAACUUUGUGAUAAAAACAUUCGACAAAUCAGGAAGAAAAUGGCUGCAGAGAUCUUUGACGAAAUAGGUGCUAGGGGCCAUGAUAAGCUAGAUGCAACCGGGCUGGAUGUCUAUGAUAGAAAAGCUUAG